GGGACAGUUUUAUUUUGUGACAAGGACAACACUUUCAAGAGCUGCACUAUUUCUUCAGUCGGCAUGCAUAUUUAUCAGCCUUUUCCGAGAGGGAUUUAUUCUAAAUGAUGGCAAGGUUAUCCUUUUCGAGUCCAUUAAGUAAGUUUUGCCACUUCUGUGAAGUAGUUUGUGGUAAAACAUGUUGAGGCCACAUACAAUAUGUGUCAGAUCAAAACAGUGUGAGCAUUGAAUUUUAGAAAUACAUGUAAAUUAAAAGAAAGAAAGAAGGAAGUACAGGUGAACUGGAUGCUGAAUUUGUAGAGAAAAACACAGAUUUGCACGCACACAAACACUCUGUUGUUGUGUGCAUGGGAGUUUGUUUCAGUGCUAGAGGCAGCUUCAUCCAGUUAUGUGACAACAGGCCUUGACACUAAAUAAACUUUGUCCAAAUUAAACUUUGCCCAAAUCAAUGAGAUCUUGCUUCAUGAUGUCUGUCUCUGUUCAUGUACUGUACCAACGUACUUUUUACAGAAUAAUAAGCUACUUAAAUCGAAGCAGUUUGUCCUCGUUAAGUUUCAGUUUGACAAUUGUACACAAAGUAUAUACAAGACAUGUUUGCAUACAGCAAAUGCAUUCAUUUAUGUUCAAGAAUCCUAUAUUUACAUUUAACUGUAAGGCUAGAUUUGUACAAAGCCACGUGUUUAAUUUUCAACUGAUACUGGAUAAAUGUCACUGAUAAAUUACUUUCACAAAAAUAAUGACAGCAACUUAUUAAAGUAACUCAGCACAAGACUAAAGGUCUAAAGCCCCAUUACUGGCCCCGAGAGGCUGCACGGUUCAUUAUACCUCACACUAUGAAAAAGAUGGACAGUACAAACACCAAACUGAGGAUGUUUUAUUUUUAGAGCCUUAACAGUAGAUGGGCUUAAAAUGUCCUGAACCAAGGGUUCAUCCCCUCGCGUGAAGGAGUGUGAAGUUGCAGUCAAUUGAAAUGUAAUCUGCCCAAUGGACUGUGUGAAGUCGUGUGCGUGAAGCUGACAUUUUGGCUGGAAGGUUAAAGACUCAAGGAGUGUCCAAAAUGAGAAGGGAUUGUCUUAUGUGGAGAAUGAAUGUGGUCAGCCGAUUUCACAAAAAUAAAUCAGUUUAGUAUAGUUUUUAAAAAUUGGAAAUUGUAGUCUGAUCGUAGCACUAGAAAAGGGUCUGGGGAUCCAUCAAAAUGUUUGCAUUUAUCAUCUAGGGACUGUAAAUAUAUACCAAAUUUCACAUAAUUUUAGCCAGUAAUUCUCAAAAUAGUUUGUUAGUCAAGAGGAAUUUUGACCUGACAUUGGCCUGCACCGGCUUCUAUAAAAAAGAUUGUGGGGUCACCAAAAUUAUUAGGAACCAUCCUGUAGGGAUGCCUAUACCUAAAUUUAUGGUUAAGUGGCCAGUAGUUGUUGAUACAUCAUACAUGUUAGUUUGACCUGACCUAUGUUUCUAAAAUAAAGGUCAUGAGGUCAUCAGAAUCCGUAGGAAUCAUCCUUUAUGACAAUGAAUAUUCCUACAAAAUGCCAUGAUAGUAUGGUCAGUAUCUGUCAAGAUAUGUCAACCAAAGUGACAGACAAAUCAUUCUAAGCCAAUAUUGAAUUCAGCUAUCGAGUACCAAAGACAUACUAUAUGUCCCUAUGUCUGCAUUACCGUGAUGUUUUAGCAGGUGGAAUUCCUUUACAGUCACAAAAGUCAAGCAGACCCACAGACUACAAAACUGCACACAAAUCCGAGUCAUCUUCCUCUGACGCGCCACAUGCUUCCUCUGCUGUCAUCUUAAAGUUACACUGUAUCACGGCUCGGCUCAGCUCUCUCUGACCUGACGGAAACAGCAUGUUGUGAUGGGACGGGCUUGGCAGAAAGCCGCCUGACUCGUUGUUGUCUCCGGACAGUAAAAGCUCGCACACAGUAAGCCUGUCCUCUGUUCAUGACACUGUCAGUGCGUCCGGCCAGCAGCAGUCGGUGCUCGAUUGGUUUCGUCUGAAGAAACCAUGGCAGACCCAGAGGAUAAUGUUGCAAUUCCUGAGUUCAGCUGCCUUCUCCAAAUGGAUCCCUAUCUCAAAGCGUACGAGAAGGACUUCAAGAGGAGGUAUGAGCUGCUACAGAAGCAGCUUUUCCAGCUGGAAGAGGCAGAAGGAGGCUUUGACCAGUUCACACGCAGCUACAAGAGCUUCGGUGUGCAGCGACAGCCUGACAACAGCCUGUUUUUUAAAGAGUGGGCUCCGGCAGCAGAGGCCCUUUUCCUCACCGGUGACUUCAAUGGCUGGGACAAAUUCUCCCACCCCUACACCAAGAAAGAAUUUGGCAAGUGGGAACUGAUUCUACCUCCCAAGCAUGACAAGUCUCCAGCUGUGGAUCAUAACACCAAAUUCAAGGUGGUAGUUCACACUAAGGAGGGUGAGCGGCUGUACCGGAUCUCGCCCUGGGCAAAAUAUGUGACCAGGGAGGAGAAAUCUGUCAUCUAUGACUGGGUUCACUGGGAUCCCCCUCAGCCUUACAUACAAAUCCACCCUCGGCCAAAGAAGCCCACGAGUCUGAGAAUAUACGAGGCCCACGUGGGCAUCGCUUCACCUGAGGGAAAGGUCGCCUCAUACACCAACUUCACAACCAACGUGCUGCCUCGUAUAAAAGACCUGGGUUACAACUGUAUUCAGCUGAUGGCUGUCAUGGAGCAUGCCUACUAUGCAAGCUUUGGAUAUCAGAUUACAAGUUUCUUUGCUGCUUCCAGUCGGUACGGUACCCCAGAUGAGCUGAAGCAGCUGAUAGAUGUGGCUCAUUCGAUGGGCAUCGUGGUGCUGCUGGAUGUCGUUCACAGCCACGCCUCCCAGAACACUGAGGACGGCCUGAACUGCUUUGAUGGCUCCGACUCGUGUUUCUUCCACUCUCCACCCAGAGGGGUGCACAGCCUGUGGGACAGCCGCCUCUUCAACUACUCCAGCUGGGAAGUGCUACGGUUCCUACUGUCAAACCUGCGCUGGUGGAUGGAAGAGUACUGCUUUGACGGCUUCAGAUUUGAUGGUGUUACUUCUAUGCUGUACCAUCACCAUGGGAUCGGCUCAGGCUUCUCAGGGGACUACAGUGAGUACUUUGGCCUACAGGUGGACGAAGACUCUUUGGUUUACCUGAUGCUUGCCAAUCACAUUCUUCAUACCCUUUAUCCUGACUGCAUCACUGUUGCAGAGGAUGUGUCAGGGAUGCCUGCUCUUUGCAGAGGAGUGGAGGAAGGAGGACUUGGUUUUGAUUACCGUCUGGCUAUGGCCAUUCCUGACAAGUGGAUUCAGAUCCUGAAGGAGUUAAAGGAUGAGGACUGGAACAUAGGCAAUAUUGUCUACACACUGACCAACAGGCGCUAUGGAGAGAAAUGCAUAGCCUAUGCAGAAAGUCAUGAUCAGGCUCUCGUUGGGGAUAAGACUCUGGCCUUCUGGUUGAUGGACAAGGAGAUGUACACCAACAUGAGCUCCAUAAAUCCCAUGACACCCAUCAUUGACCGUGGCAUGCAGCUGCAUAAGAUGAUCCGCCUCCUCACUCAUGGUCUGGGUGGAGAAGGCUACCUCAACUUCAUGGGGAAUGAGUUUGGCCAUCCUGAGUGGCUGGAUUUCCCUAGAGAGGGGAACAAUCAGAGUUACCACUAUGCCCGGCGGCAGUUUAACCUAGUGGAUAUGGAUCACCUCCGCUACAGUCAGCUGUACGCCUUUGACCGGGAUAUGAACCGUACAGAAGACAAGUACGGCUGGCUGGCUGCCCCACCUGCCUUUGUCAGCGCUACGCAUGAAGAGGACAAGGUCAUUGUGUUUGACAGGGGAAAUGUGCUCUUUAUCUUCAACUUCCACCCCAGUAAGAGCUUCCAGGACUACAGGGUGGCUGUAGAAGUUCCAGGAAAAUACAAAAUCAAGCUGGAUUCAGAUCAGGUUCAGUAUGGAGGUCACGGACGGCUGGACCACAACACAGAGUUCUUCACAGAGGCCCAGCCCUUCAACGGUCGCCCCAACUCCAUGCAGGUCUACAUCCCCUGCAGAACAGCUAUUGUCCUGGCCAACGAGGAGAUAGAUUACUGUUAUUAGAGGAUGAUUGUCUCCACAGAGACGAGGAUCGAGGAUGGAUUCCAACCUCAAACUGAGUGUUAACAAUCACCUUCAUCAUAAAGUGUCAGCCUUGCACACCACCCAAACUCACUUUUUGUGUUUUUUAAAUGGGGAAAAAAAAAGCAUUGUGAGCGUGUGUGUUUUCAAACACCAUCUGCAACCUUAGAUGCUGUGUAACCCCAUUUACUACAGAUUGCUCCAUUUGGGAAGCGUCCAACCUAACCAGCAGCUAGAUGCUAAAACUUAAAACCCUGCCGAGUCCAUCCACCACUAGCCAGCAGCCAUUUAUAGGCUCUGUUGAAUUUGGCGUGUCAUCUGAAACACAUGACUGGCGACUGUGUCAGAGGGAAGCAGUACAGCAAGCAUUCAAACAGGAUAAAAACUAUUAAAGAAUAUUUUAGAAUGUUGUGUAUGUUGAAAUAUAUUUUACUUAGUUUAAUUAUUUUGUAUUUAAAUACAAAUAAUUUAGAGAUUUACAGUAUUACCAGCACUGCAAAAUCAAAACGUCCUGGUAUUUAAUCACUGGUGAUCCAUCUUUGUUAAUUUGCAUUGUGGGACACUGUACAGUACAUAUAAAAUGUUGUAAUUUGCACAAAGUAAUAAGCUGCUUUAAAUGAUGAUACUUUUAAUGGUUAUCUAAAACAGUUGUGUUUGAAUUUAUGCAGCUACUGGGAGCUUUUAUGUGGUUAUUUAUGGCCCUGUUAUUCAGCCAGUAAUUUGCAGCUAAAGCAAAGUGUUAAGAUCACCUAAUUUGGAUUGUUCAGUGUGUUGCAUAAUGCACAAGUAACAUUUUUAGCUGAAUUACACAAUUUUUUCCACUUUGCAAAAAGUAAUGCAGCGUUUAAUCCUACAGUAGAUCACAUUAAAGUAGUUUAUGUCGUGAAUUUCGGUAAACUCUUCAAACUCUGCUAAAUUCUACUAAAAUAAGUGACACACUGAUGAUCAACACAUCAUUUUGUGUGGGAGAAGACAAUUUUAUAGGUACAGUAUGACACACCUGACUACUUUAAGAUACUAUGAUUUAUAUGCACCAUGUUCAUUUGGUACUGUAGCAUUCCCCAGGGAUUAUUCCAGAAAAACACAGAAAAACCUAAAUUCACACAGAGAACGUGUGCCUCUUCCAAUUAAAUCUGACUUUUGUGACUUUUGUCUCAACACAUUUGAUGAUUGAACAUCUCAAAGAACAGCUGCAACUCUCAUCCUGUCUUUCCCCAUAGCUGUUAUAUGAGAAGGUUAUUGAUUAACCGAAAUGUGUAUGAACUGAGGAACAUCACUGAUGAUAGUUUUUGCGACUCCUGAAUUCACUCUCGCAGGACACAUGUAAUUAAAAUGGUCUUUCAUACAAGAGGUUUCAUCUUUCGAGGUUAUGUUUUGCAAAUGACUGUGAUAGUUGAUCCGUUUCCAGCCUUUAUGUUCUUUUGGUUUCCAUCCUCCUCCUAAAGGUCCCUCGUUGCCAUAUGAAUGGAUGUCUUUUGGACAAUUUUCAGUAUUCUUUGAACGUUUUAUCAAAGCAGUACUGUUAUAAGUGAAACAAGAGCUGAUUUUGGGCAUCCCAGAUAAAACCUAAUGUCUUGAUUUACUGGCAUGCGUACUGGAAUUCUGUGAGCCACACCUAUUGCAUUAGUACAGUUUCUCUUUUAAGCGGUGUAUUGUAGCAUAUGGCAGGUUUUGAUCUGCCUCCCCUGCAGCUGAAGAAAACAAAUUUAUAUUCAGGAGCAUCCUCUUGUGUUUAGCCAAAAGUAUCAUGAACAUGUAAUUUCUUUUUGUGUAACAAUAAAAUAAUUCAAAAAUGCUUUUCGCCACUGCUCGAAAAGCAGAGAGGAUCACUGCAUAAAUUUUUGUGAGACUGAAGUGGAGUGUUUAAUCAUCCCUCAUCUGACCCAAUGUCAUUGUCGUUUUACCACUACCAAAAUGAAUUGUCUGCAUUUGUUCUCAAAAGUAAAACUGAUGUCGGAUACACAUGAACUAUUGCAGCAUAUUUCUUUCAUUAUAACUAAUGAUAAUAAAUCAGUGCCUGUCUAGCCACAAGAAAAGUGUGGAUGAACCGGAUGUGCAGUCUGACUACUGAUUCUGCACCAUCGCACACUUAUGGAAAUGUAGGGGCUUCAGCAUCCUCCAGAGUAUAUUGUGAUGGUACUCAUCAAGUACUUGAUAACAAAAACUGUUCUUUUUAGUCUUGAUAUUCAAAGAGUUCAUUCUAAUUUUGGAAGUCGUUUUCAGUUGUUGCCUGUCUGUCAGUUUCAUCCAUCAGUGGAAUUCCUACAUAUGUACAAGGCUGCUUGUAGAUUUACAUUGUAUCCUUAUUUGCAUCUAAAUUCUAAGUAACUGUCAUGAGAGAUGCUACAGGGUUUAUGUUUCACCAAAUAUUCUGUGGUUCUUACAAGAAAUGACAAAUGGUAGAAAAAAUGUCAUUGCAACUGAAUCCAUUAAAGACGGUUAAUUAUCUUAUAUGAAGAACAA